AUGGUGGCCACCGAGGAGGCCUCGGCCACGUCCAAGAUGGCCGGCUUUCUCUCGCGCAUGAGCCCCGUCCCGGCCUUUCCCGAGUACACAGGCCCCUUCAAGGUCGGGACCGUCGACGUCGAGAUACCCGUCGCCGACCUCGACGCCCCGAGCCCGCCGCCCCCGGCCGCUGCCGACAUCCCCACCGUCCAGUUCCGCGUCUUUUACCCGGCGGUUCCCGAGUCGGACGGGAAUCGCAUCAGCUGGCUGCCCAAUCCGCAGCGCCACCAUGUGUCGGCCUACACCAAGUUCGUCGGCAUUGGACCUACCUUGGCCGAUUUUCUAUCCUUCUUCCCUCGUCACCUCUACUACACCUCGAUCCCCGCAUACAAAAAUGCAAAGUUGCGGCAAGCAGACACGGCACACGGGCGCUGGCCGACCAUGAUCUUUUCCCACGGCCUCGGUGGCAGUCGCAACUCCUACUCCUACAUAGCCGGCUCCCUCGCCUCCCACGGCGUCGUCGUCGUCUGCCCCGAGCACCGCGACGGGAGCGCCGUCAUCUCCUUCAUACGUCGCUCCAACGAACCCGAUCGGUUCCUCGGACCCAACACCUGCCGAGUCGUCCCCUUCCAGAAAAUCUCCCACGACGUUAGCCCGCAAGUCUACGAAUCUCGAGAAACGCAGCUCCGCAUCCGGCUCUGGGAGCUGGGCCUGAUACACGAGGCCGUGCUUUCCAUGGAUGGCGGCAAGGGCUUUGCCAACUGGAACCGGUCGACGCCGAGCCUGGAUCGGUUCGUGGGGCGGCUCGACGUUCGGGAGCCAGGGCGCAUCAUCUUUGGCGGGCAUAGCUUCGGUGCGACGACGACGGUGCAGUUUCUAAAGAGCGUCUACUACGCUGCGAGGCCCGAGGUGCAUGCCAUGUCGAAGCCGCUGUUUAAGCCCGCCACAGACAGCAGCAUCCGCACGCAGGUGACGGAAAGGACGGUCACGAUGCUCUUGGACAUGUGGUGCAUGCCCCUGAUGGCUCCAAACUCGGCACCGCUCUUCAAACUGCCGCUUCCCGCGUAUGCCGAUGUGCCGACGGCCCCCGGUGGAAGUGCCCUCCUGGCGGUCGAGUCUGAAGCCUUUUACAAAUGGACCGAGCAUCUGCACCUCAAGGCCCGGCUACUGUCUCCCGACCCUUCGGCCAAGAUUGUCACGCCGCACAUGUACGAGAGGCCCGGCGGCGUGAAGCUGCCCGAACCCAACUUCUUCUACGUGAUAAACUCGGCGCACCUGAGCCAGUCGGAUUUUGGCAUCCUCUUCCCCUGGCUGACCAAGAAGAUAUUUGACGCAGACCAGCCCGAGCGGGUGCUGCGGCUGAACCUCCGGGCUCAACUGCAACUCUUGCGGACAAACGGCGUUGCAGUGGCGCGAACGAGCGCAGGCGAUUUGGUCGACGGCGGCCACGUCGAGAAGCUCGACUCUGACGAUAGCGACGACGGCGGCGGGCUCAAGGGCGGUGUAAACAACGACGAGGCCAUCUUUGACCGAAGCGGCCGCGAUGUCGUGGGACAUUGGAAGUGGGUCGAUGCCGUCGGGUUGGGAGACGCAGGCGAGGCCGACACGGGCAAGUCGGCCAGCGAGCAGGUCGAGGAGGGCGAAGACAGGAUGAAGGGCGAACUUGAGCCCAGCGAGCAAAGACCGGCAUCUCACACGAUGCGGAAGAUGAGUGCUGCCGCUGCCGUCUCGACGCCGUCAUAG